AUGGAGGCAGACUGGGACGAGAUUGUCCGCAUCGCGGCCCCUACUGCUGGACCUCUUGCCCUCCCCUCCCCUGCCUCUUCAAUAGCCUUUGACGACUCCCAAGAAUUACUAUGGAUUGGUACAGAUCAAGGUCGCAUCAUAUCUUAUCAUGGUCCACAGCUACAGAAGUACACUUCUAUCAGAGCCCACCUCCAAGAGGGGGCUGUCCGACAAUUGCUCGUAUGCGAAAAGGGCGUUCUAUCCAUCUCAAACCAGAGUGUUCACCUGAUCAACCGGCGAGCCCUAACACAAUGGCAUCUCUCCGAUCCUUCCAUGACCGAGUUGCGCUGCAUGGCCUUCACUGCCACUCCCAAUCUUCUCAUGGUCGCUGGUUGCCAACCCACUUUUUACCUGAUUGAUAUCGAGAAAGGGACCAUUGUUUCAAUUCAUCCUGCUCAAGCCAGGUACACGAUCCUCAAAAAAUGCCGCCAUAUUUGUGCUGCAACUGAUGAUGGUAUGAUCCACGUCUUGGAUGUUCACAACUACUCGCUACUUCAGACCUGGAAGGCACACUCGGGCGCAGUCAAUGAUAUGGAUGCCAGGCAUGAUUACCUCGUAACCUGUGGCUUGUCGUUUCGUCAAAUGGGUCCUCCAAUGGUAGACCCACUAGCAAACGUUUACGACCUCAAAUCCUUGAAACCCUUGCCUCCAAUCCCUUUCCACGCAGGAGCAGCCUACGUUCGUUUGCAUCCAAAGCUUUCUACAACAAGCUUUGUCGCAUCAAACACUGGACAGAUGCAAGUUGUCGACCUCAUGAACCCUGUCAAUGUCAUGCUGCGACAAGCAAACGUCCAAUUUAUGCUGGGUAUGGAAAUCGCUUCUUCUGGAGAUGCUCUCGUCGUCAAUGAUCUGAGUGGCUGGUUGUACCUUUGGGGUUCACCUGCUAAGGCCAGGUUCAACAACGUAAGCAAAGAGACUGAAUUUGGCCAGCCACCACCACGAAAUCUUCCUUCGAUAGACUGGCAAGACCAGCCACUGAACACUAUCGGUAUGCCAUACUAUCCGGACCGUUUAUUGUCUGCCUGGCCCAGCCAUAUGACUUUCGACGUGGGUGCAUCGCCAACAUGCCUCGAUCCUGCUGCCACAGCUUACAUGCAACCAGCUGAGCUCGGUCACUAUGGUCCUUGGCAAAAUCCUUCAAAGCUGCGCAGAUACCAAGUACAGAGUACCAGGUCUGAUCAUGGUCCAACUACUAUUGCAGCGCCAAAGUUUCUCAGCGAGAAAGCACGAGAGUUUCCUGAGGCCGAUCCACUAGCCCAAGCCGAUGGAGCUAUUGCUGCCAUGGCUGGCCUACUUCUCAAUGGUCGAGCCCAAACAGAAAAAGAGCGUAUGCUCAAAUAUAGCAAUGUCGAGAUCAAAUACAGCAGAUUUGGUGUCGAUGACUUCGACUUCCAGUUCUAUAACAAAACAGAUUAUUCCGGUCUGGAGACUCACAUCAAGAAUUCCUACCUCAACGCUUUGCUCCAAUUAUACAAGUUCGUGCCACUGAUACGUAAUGUUGCCAUCCAACACGCUGCUACCGCAUGCGUGAAACCAAACUGUAUGCUAUGUGAAUUUGGCUUUCUGUUCGACAUGCUAGAGAAAGCUGGAGGCCAGAAUUGUCAAGCUACGAAUCUGCUACACGCUUUCGGCUCUCUGAGCGAAGCACGAAGCCUAAACCUACUGGAGAAUGCGGCACUUGCCAACCACGUUACCCUUUCCAACACGAUACAGUCAGUCAAUAGGUUCCUCCUUAAACAAAUUUCGCACGACUAUGCUUCUAUGGCAGGUUCCUCGGAUGGCAUUGACGAAGUUCUGUCUACCGGAGCUUUAGAGGCUAUCCGAUGCCUGCACUGUGGUAACGUCACUACCAAACAUGGAAGCCUCUACGUACAUGACAUGCUCUACCCCAAUAUAGACCCCAAGCACAAUCCGCGCAGCCACAUGUUCAAGUUCAGCAGUAUCCUCAAAGCGACAAUGGAAAGAGAAGUCAAGCAUCGUGGUUUCUGCAACAAAUGUCGAAGAUAUCAGCAACUUGCCACCAGAAAGUCUAUCCAACAUCUUCCAUUUGUGCUCAUGCUCAACACUGCCCUGACCAAUCCUGCUAUGCAUACGCUCUGGGAGAACCCUGGCUGGUUGCCCACGGAAGUCGGCGUUAUGAUGCAAAAUCGAGGUAUAUAUGUGUUUGAGGGCACUGAACUGCAGACACAACUCCGGAACAAGGCGUCAAGUAUCAUUGUGUACGAACUGGUUGGCUUUGUAGCAGACAUUGACACGACUGAACGCCAACAGCCGCAUCUGGUCAGUCUCGUCAACGUGGACGUCUCCUCGAGGAAGGACAGCCCAACGAAUAAAUGGAGCACUGAUUGGCACUUGUUCAACGACUUCCUGGUCUCCCCUGUCGAGAGUCGCGAGGCUGUCAGUUUUGAUCGAGCAUGGAAAAUGCCUAGCAUUCUUGCAUAUCAAGUCAAGUCCGCACAUGGCAAAGUUGAUGAGCGUUGGAAGGAGAACAUGGACAUCAGUCUUCUAUAUUCACCAUACACCAUCAAUGGUGUUGCGGGAACGCCAGAAUGUGAGCUUCUCGAGGAUAAUGAGAGGCCGGCGCCUGGUAUGCCGAUCGCGUUGGAUACUGAAUUUGUAGAACUUGAACGAGCAGAGAUUGACGUGAAGGCGGACGGUACACAAGAAACUAUUCGACCAGCAAAAAACGGAUUGGCACGAGUCAGCGUCCUUCGUGGUAACGGAAUGCAAGAAGGCAAACCUUUCGUCGAUGACUACAUUACCAUUUUCGACACGAUCGUCGAUUACAAGACACAAUAUUCGGGAAUCAAGCCUGGUGAUCUUGACGUACGCAUGUCUAGGCACAAUCUUGUUCCACUUAAAGUCGCCUAUAAAAAGCUAUGGCUGCUUUUGAAUCUCGGAUGUAUUUUUGUGGGACAUGGCCUGGCAUCAGACUUCCGCAAAGCCAACAUUCACGUACCGAAAUUACAGACGGUCGAUACACAAAAUUUGUACUUACUGCCGGGCAAGAACCGGCGGUUUUCUCUGAAAUACCUAGCCUGGGCAGUAUUCAAGGAGUACAUCCAAGAGGACCCCGAGGACAUGUCCCAGAUCGACGGCCACGACAGUAUCGAAGAUGCACGAAUGGCUUUACGGCUCUGGCGUAAAUUUCAAGAGUUUGAAGAUGCAGGAAUUGUGGAGCAGAUGGUUGAGGACAUCUAUCGCAAAGGCAGCCGAUUUGGGUGGAAACCACCAAACAAGAGUGCCGUGAUGAGCAUUGAGGGCGGGGCAUUGACGAACAGUGCAGUACCAAGCGGAAGAAACACGCCAGAUAUGAGCUUGCACGGAGGCAUUCCAGCGACACCUGCUAGAAGCAUAAUAGGAAGUCCCAACUACAAGAGCAAUGGCAUGCUCACGCCUGGCAGUGCGCUAAUUAAGGAGAGCCCUCUGCGGUAG